CCGCCGCGCCCGCCGGUGCCGUGGGAGAGCCUCUUCGGCGACGCCGAGCCGGCGGCGUUGGCGCUGCUGGGGAGGAUGUUGCGUUUCGACCCGCGGGAGAGGGUGGGCGUGGCCGAGGCGCUGCGCCACCCAUUUUUGGCCAAAUACCACGACCCCGAGGACGAGCCCGAGUGCGUGCCGGCGUUCGACUUCGCCUUCGACCGGCAGGCGCUCACCAAGGAGGAGAUCAAGGCGGCCAUCGUGGCCGAGAUCGCCGAUUUCCACGCCCGCCGCGACGGCAUCCGGCGGCAGAUCGCGCCCGCGCCGCCCGCCGCCGUGGUGGGCGUGGCCAACGCGGGCAACAAGGCCGGCGUCGACGUCAACAUGGCCAACGUCGACGCCGCCAACAACGCAGUCAACGCCGACCUCAACGCGGCCAUGGCGACCGUGACGGCCGCCAACGGCCCGGCGUGGCCGCCCUGCGCCGACGUGGACAUGCCCAGCCCGGGCCCCGCCCCCGACUGCCCCAUGGACUCGCCACGGGUGAAGGCGGAGCCCGGUGCGCCGGCGGCACCGGCGGCGGCGCCCAAGAGGGACGGCGCCAUCUCGGACGACACCAAGGCGGCGCUGAAGGCGGCGCUGCUGAAAUCGGCCAUGAGGAACAAGAGUAAAGACCCGCCCUGCGCCGCCCCGGAGGCGCCCGAGGGCCGGCGGUGGGGGGGGGGGUUGGGUCGUCGAUGA